GCGAUCCUCCCUCUACCAAUUGUUUUCCUCCCAGCAUGCUCCGCGGUGUCAGCGUCUCGUCUCCAUGGUAACCGGAGAACGGGACAGAAGAGCCGCACCGAGUCCGUAUCCAGUGAUUGGUCGGUUGGUGCGCCAUGUCGGCGAUCGUUGCUCAGUCACACUAUACCUUCGGCCUGCGCUCUCACGUCAUCAAUAACAUCUGUUACUUCGAUGAGCAGACCAUCAUCUUCCCCUCCGGGAACAAUUGUAUCAAAUACAAUGUGGACCAGAAAUGGCAGAAGUUCAUUCCGGGCUCGGAGAAGAGUCAGGGCAUGCAGGCGCUGGCCAUCAGCCCGAACCGCCGAUACCUUGCCAUGUCCGAGAAGGGCCCAGACAAGGCCACCAUCACCAUCUAUGACCUGGCCUCCAUGCCAUUCAAGAAGCGCAAAGUGUUGAGCGCACCGGACAUCAUGUGCCAGGAGUUCGUCAGCAUCGCCUUCUCCCCAGACUCCAAGUACCUGGUGGCUCUUUCGGGGUCUCCCGAAUGGCAGAUCGUCUUCUGGAUGUGGGAGAAGCAGAAAGUCAUGGCCUCUGUGAGGGCGGACAGCCAAAAUAGCCCCAUUUUCCAGGUGAGCUUCAACCCGUAUGACAACACACAGAUCUGCGUCACGGGUAACGGCGUUUUCAAACAAUUCCGCUAUAUCGAAGGAAACCUGAGACAGACGAACUUCCAGAAGGUAGAUGCCCAGAAAUUCCUGUGUCACGCGUGGCUGUCCGAGGAUCGUGUCAUCUGCGGCACAGACACGGGAAAGCUCUGUCUGUGGGAAUCCGGGGAUCUGCGAUGGGAGCAGAACAUUGCAGGAAGAGGUGUUCCACAGUCCGACAGACGGAGCGCAGCGUCCGAAGAAGGCCGCGUCUUCUCAGCGAUGGACAGCAGCAGCUCGCCUCCCGUGCAUAUUAAUGCAAUUUUGGCCUACUCCAAAGGUUUCCUGUGUUCUGGGGGUCCUGGCAGAGUCUGCAUGUAUGAGAAAGUAGAGGACCGAGAACUUUACAAAAGAGGCCGCGACAUCAGAAUCCUACAAGAUGAGCAAAGUAAUGACCCCAGCCUAUCAGAUCAGCAGGAGGUGCUGUGUAUGUGUCUGAGUCCCUCCGAAGAGACUGUACUUGUCAGCACCAAUAAGAGCCAAUUGUACAGCAUCACGCUGUCCUCUGCUGAGGUCACUAAGGGGGAUGACGCUGUGUUUGAGUUCCUGGCUCAGUCUUGGCAUUCGUCUUCUAUUACCGGCCUCAGCAUCUGUAUACGCAAACCUCUCAUCGCCACCUGCUCCCUGGACCGCUCCGUGCGCAUCUGGAACUUCGAGAACAACACCUUGGAGCUCUACAAGGACUUCCAGGAAGAGGCGUUCAGCAUCUCCCUUCACCCGUCCGGACUUCAGGUCCUCGUGGGAUUCUCCGACAAGUUACGUCUUAUGAACGUUCUGAUCGACGACAUCCGUCCUUUCAAAGAGUUCACCGUCCGCGGCUGCCGAGAGUGCGCCUUCAGCCACGGUGGGCAUCUUUUUGCAGCUGUUAAUGGAAACGUCAUCCAUAUUUACUCCACGACAACCUUUGAAAAUUUCACUAACCUGAAAGGGCACAACGGAAAGGUGCGCUCCGUGGCUUGGAGUGCCGACGACAGUAAAUUGGUGUCCUGCGGCACGGACGGCGCCGUGUAUGAAUGGAAUACGCUUCUCGGUAAGAGGGAAUCUGAAUGCGUUCAGAAAACCUGCAGUUACACCUGCGUCGCCCUAAUGCCAGACUCCAAAACCAUUUUUGCCGUGGGAUCUGACCAGACGCUGAAGGAAAUUAAUGAUUCCCAGAUCAAAGAAUUUCCAUCCUACGACGUCACAUAUACGGCCGUCACCAUCUCUCACUCUGGAAAGAUGAUAUUUACGGGCACGGCCAGCGGCACAGUACGAUCCAUGAAAUGCCCCCUUCCCCCACAGAAGGAAUACAACGAGUACCAGGGCCAUGCGGGGCCAGUGACAAGGCUGGUGGUGACAUAUGACGACCAGUAUCUUCUGUCCGUCUCUGAAGACGGCUGUCUAAUCCUGUGGAAAAUCUCCGACAAGGAGGGUCGAGGACUGAAAAGGGAUAAAGAACUGGGGUAUGCCGAAGAGGUUCUGAUUACCAAGUCUGAUCUGGAGGAGAAGAACCAGGUGAUGGUGGAGCUAAAGACACGUGUGGAGGAACUGAAAAUGGAGAACGAAUAUCAACUCCGCCUGAAAGACAUGAAUUAUAACGAGAAGCUGAAAGAGCUGACUGAGAAGUUCAUCCAGGAAAUGGAGGUGCUGAAGACCACAAACCAGAUCCUAAAAGCUGAAGCUGAGAAACAAGAGCUGAAACAUCAGGAGGACAUGGCUGACCUUAUAGAAAAACAGUCUCGAGAGAUGCAGGAUCUAGAGACGACCAAUAACCAGAAGCUUCUGCUGGAGUAUGAAAAGUACCAGGAGCUGCAGGUGAAGUCGCAGCGGAUGCAGGAGGAAGACGAGCGUCAGUUGCAUGAACUGGAGGAAAAUAAGAGCCAGGCUCUGGAGGAACUGACUGAGUACUACGAGACUAAACUGCAUGACAAGGCGACCCAUCUGCAGCAGACCCAGGAUGAAGCCCGACAACACCACAGAGAGUUUGAAGAGACAAAGAAGCAGAUAGAGGAGGACGCAGACCGAGAGAUCCAAGAUGUAAAAAUAAAAUAUGAGCGCCGUCUACGGGAUGAGAGAGAAACCGCACUGCGACUGAAGGGGGAGAACGGGAUCAUGAGGAAGAAGUUCAGCAGCCUGCAGAAGGACAUCGAGGAACGUGCCGCAGACAUUGAGAAGAUGAGGCUGGAACAGCAGAAGCUGCAGGGGGUGAUCAAAUCUCUAGAGAAGGACAUUCAGGGUCUGAAGAGAGAAAUCCAGGAGAGGGAUGAGACCAUCCAGGACAAGGAGAAGAGAAUCUAUGACCUGAAGAAGAAGAAUCAAGAACUGGAGAAGUUCAAAUUUGUUCUUGAUUACAAAAUCAAGGAACUGAAGAAACAAAUUGAACCCAGAGAGAACGAAAUCAAAGAGAAGAAGGAGCAGAUUCAGGAGAUGGAGGCCGAGCUAGAGCGAUUCCACAAGCAGAACACCCAGCUGGACCUCAACAUCACCGAGCUGAGACAGAAGCUGAAGGCUACAGACCGGGAGAUGCAGAGAGAGCGGCAGAAGGUUCGUGAUGUCGAAGCCGAAGUGAAACGUUUCAAGACUGAUCUGCACAACUGCGUUGGAUUAAUUCAAGAACCCAAAAAGCUGAAGGACAGCAUCCGGGAGCUGUACACCAAAUAUGUACAGGAGAGCGACGCAGCAGAGAUUGUGGGUAUAGAUGCCGACAUCCAGCGGGAGUACGCCCGCCAGCGGGAGCACCUGGAGCGCAGCUUGAGCACAUUACAGAAGAAGCUUGCGAAAGACACAGAGAUCCAUCGAGUGGACAAUGUGCGCAUCAUGCAGGAAAACGUCACACUCAUUAAGGAAAUUAAUGAAUUACGUCGGGAGCUAAAAGUCAGUCGUACGAAGGUGCAUGACCUGGAGGUCGCUCUCAGGCUGGACCGGAAAAAUCGAAUGAGCAGCCUUACAAAUUCCAAAGCGACGUCCGUUGGCGACCACCAUUCUGCGGGGGUCCUACGACUGAACGUGGAGGAGGAGACGGCGAGAAUUAUCGAGAUGCAAAAACUGGAGAUCAAGCGUUUGCGAGAUUUAAUCCAAUCACACGAUCUCACUGCGGGGAUCCGACCCCCAUCAGUGGGCAGAUUACCGUCACUGACAGCCUCCUGAGGUCAGGAAGACGUUUCCAAAUUGUUCACUUAAUAAAAUAAUACACAACGUA